AGUGUAACGGGGUUUAGGAAACCGGUCCAGUAUGCUCGACCUUACCACCUAAGCGCAGGUUACCGGAGUCAGCAGAUCAGUUCGAUCGAGAGAACGCGUGAACCCACCGGGAGACACAGCGAUGGCUGGACAGCGAAUCACGAGUGGCACACGUAUCCAGAAACCGACAAACCGGAUUGGACAAUAGAACAUAGAGGGCGCACUGGCAACUCGAGAAUCGCUAUUAACGGCAAGUUUCAGAGUGCAAAGCCAAAUAUGAGCGGUCCAAAGAAAUACGGCCAAUCAGAUGCCAAGCACGAAAGAUGUGAUCAUUGCGCGAGACAGGAAGACAGCGACCGAAGAGGAAUAGCAUAACCCAAUGAAAUAAAAGGGGAACGCGACCAAUGAGGUGAACCGAAAAACAGAAGACCCACUGAGAAGGCUCGAAGAUUAACAGUGUUUAUUUCUUUUAAAUAGGCUACCCUAUACUGAAUAAACGCCUGUUUUCCGCCCGCCGCCAUCGUGACUUUUUGAUCGUGUCCGUGUCACAUAACAUGGUGACAGAGGAGAAGAAGAAACCGAUGCCCAAGAUGCAGCUUGCAGUUGGAGGUCAACCGGCGAUUCCGUUUCCAUCCCCUUUGCAGAUGACUGAGUGUUCUCUACCAGACAGUUGGCGGAUUUGGAAGAGCAAGUGGGCGGAUUUCGCAACACUGACUCAGCUGGACGCCCAGCCGAUGAACUACCAACUCGCAAUGUUUAGGCACGCUAUUGGUGACGAUGCAAGGAGGGUUCUUGAAACACUGAAGUUUGGCGACCAGAAGGCGGAUCUUUCCGAAGUGAUGCGGACAUUUGGCGAGUUCUGCGAAGCGCGUGUGAACGAGACCUACCAACGAUAUCUGUUUUUUGGACGCGAUCGUUUACCGGGGGAGUCGUUCGAGAGAUACAUCACAGAACUGAAGCUCCUGGCACGAACUUGCAAUUUCUGUGAAUGCAUGAAGGAGUCACUGAUACGGGAUCGCAUCGUUAUUGGGAUAAGGAACGAUGAACUCACACGCCGGUUUCUGCGACAAAGGAACUUGUCACUGGAACAGUGUGUCGACAUCUGCCUCAGUGAGGCCAGAACAGAUCAGCAAGUCGAACAUCUGCGCGCCGAAAAGAAUACGGAGUUGUUUGCAGUAUCCCGAACCGAGGGACGUAUCCCGAGAUCACCCGAUGAACAGGUAACUGAUUGCCAGUUUUGCGGCCGCAGGCACCAAAAGAAGAAGGAGAGUUGUCCAGCGUGGGGUCGGACGUGCAUGAAGUGCUCCAAGAAAGGUCACUUUGCUCGUUGCUGUAGAUCAUACAGAGUGAGUUCGGUUGCCGACGAUGCCAGAGAACGGGAACAAGAAUUGUUGAUAAACAACAUGGAUGGCCGGGCGAAAAGCAAGUGUGUGUUUGCAACACUUUUGGUUCGAGGACAACCGGUACGUUUUCAGCUAGACUCCGGGGCUGCGGUUAACAUCUUGCCUGAAAAAUACUGCAAGGGGGUGCGAUGUGAAGAAACUCAAAAGUGUCUCAAAAUGUGGAACGGCUCAAGGCUACAACCGAAGGGCAUCGUCAUUUUGGAGACGGUCAAUCCAAAGGAAGGAACAGAGCACCCGCUGGAGUUCCUGAUUGUUUCGGAAGACCUUAUGCCCAUUCUGGGCAUUGAUUCUAUCCAGCGUUUUGGUUUUGUUUCUUUUAACCACGAACGUUUUGUUCAUGCGUGUGACAUCGAGGCAGAUAUUUUUGAUAAGUACUCGAGUGUGUUUGAUGGCGGAGUAGGGAUGUUCGAGGGACCCGCUCACUUAUCGUUAAACGAGCUAGCAACACCGGUGGCGUUACCAGCUAGGAAGGUGCCAAUUGCUUUGCGCGAAAAAUUCUUGAGUGAGUUGCAACGUCUCUGUAGUCUGGGAGUGAUAGCUAAAGUUGACGAACCGACUGAUUGGGUCAGCCAGGUGGCGAUUAUUACAAAAAAGUCAGGCGAGCUGCGUAUAUGCAUUGAUCCGAAACCGCUUAAUGCCGCACUCAAGAGAGAGUAUUUUACGUUACCGACACUAGACGACAUGCUGCCGGUGUUAUGCAAUUCUAAAGUGUUCACGAAAGUCGACCUCGCCUCUGCGUUCUGGCACGUAUCACUAGAUGAUGAGUCAAGCUACAUGACAACUUUCGGAACACCAUUCGGGCGGUACCGUUGGCUUCGUUUACCGUUUGGACUGAAAGUGUCUAGCGAAAUCUUCCAGAAGCGACUAAUGCAAGCGUUGGACGAUCUACAGGGAGUAUUCUGCGUAGCGGACGAUGUGUUGGUUUUUGGCGCUACUCGUGAAGAGCACGAUCAGAACCUUCGUAGCUUUUUACAACGUUGUGUUGAAAGAAACAUCAAACUGAAACGUGAAAAGAUCGAACUACGCAGUACAGAGGUUAUAUUUCAUGGGCAUGUGUUAAGCGCGGAAGGGCUAAAACCAGACCCUGAGAAAGUAAGAGCUAUAAGAGAUAUGCCGUCCCCCACAGAUGUGAAAGCGGUUGGCAGGCUAAAUGGGAUGAUCAAUUAUCUGAGCCGGUUCCUGCCCAAGUUAGCUGAUGUUAUGACACCGAUCAGGAAGUUGACUCAUAAGGGCGAAAGCUGGCACUGGGGUGCAGAACAAGAAGAGGCCUUCCAGGCAAUCAAGGAACUCAUCACUAACGCACCUGUUCUCGCCUACUAUAAUCCGCAACUCUCCCUCGAGAUUCAAUGCGACAGCAGUCAAUUUGGUAUCGGGGCCGUACUCAUGCAGAAUGGGAAACCCAUAGAUUUUCGCAGUAGGACGUUGACAGAGACCGAGCGUCGUUACGCCCAGAUAGAAAAAGAGAUGCUUGCAGUGGUUUACGCCGUCGAACGUUUUAAUGACUAUACAUUUGGCCGGAAGACUACAGUGUUUACAGAUCACAAACCGUUGGUUUCCAUCGCCAACAAGCCGCUACAUGUUGUUCCCCGCCGCUUACAGAGAAUGCUUAUUCGCCUUCAAAAGUACGACCUAGAGAUUGUGUAUCGACCUGGUCCCGAAAUGCAUAUCGCAGACACGUUAUCCAGGGCAUAUCUGUCAGACACACCAGAGGAAGACGAAGAUUCAGAUUUCGUUCAUGCAGCACAACUAGUAGCUGUUACCGAGGAACGAUUGAAACAGCUCCAGCAGUGCACAGAGGAAGAUGAGUUAUGCAAGCUACUGAGGCAGACAAUACUAAGUGGCUGGCCCAAGAACAAGAAAGAUCUACCAGGAGUGCUGACCCCGUUUUUCCAUUUUCGUGAUGAACUCAUUGUCCAAGACGGGUUGAUAUUCAAAGGCAAUAGGAUACUAAUCCCCAAAGCGUUGCAGCGCGCGAUGACAGAGCUUGUCCACUAUGCACAUUUGGGAGUCAACAAUUGUGUGGCCAGAGCGCGAGAGCUAAUGUUUUGGCCGGGAAUGACCAGCCAAAUACGAGAUUACGUCUCAAAUUGUCUGGCAUGCCGAACACACGACGUACGUCAGUCAAAAGAACCGAUGAUGCUCCGUGACGUUCCGGACAGGCCCUGGCAGAUGGUUGCAGUAGACAUCUUCAUCCACGAUGGAAAAAGUUACUUAGUGUUGGUUGAUUAUUUCAGUGACUACUUUGAAAUCGAUGCUCUAGCUACGACCAGUACAGACGCAGUGGUGAAUAAGCUACGAUGUCAAUUUGCUCGUCACGGAAUACCGGAGGUAGUAGUCUCGGACAACGGGCCGCAGUUCGUUAGCGCAGAGUUCCGAGAGUUCAGCAGAAAGUGGGAUUUCCAUCACCGGCUUACUAGCCCAUAUCACAGCCAAUCAAAUGGAAAGGCCGAGUCGGCGGUAAAAGAAGCAAAGAAGGUGCUUACCAAAGCUAAAGAGACUCAGGAGGACCCUUAUAUUAUGUUGCUGGAACGCAGAAACACGCCAUCAACAGAAAUUGGGGCAAGUCCGGUGCAGCGACUCUUCAGCCGGAGGACAAGAACGUUGAUACCAACUGCGUCAAAUCUGCUAACACCUGAAGUAUCACCAGCGACCUCGAUACACGAGCGGUUACGAAACAGAAUGCUUAGGCAAAAGAGAUACUACGAUCGCGGGGCGAGAAAACUCCAACCUCUAGCAUUGGGAGAAGAAGUGUGGGUGCAACCAGUACCAGGAUCAGAGGGACACUGGAGGAAGGGAGUUAUUCAGAGCCGCAAGGGAGAGAGAAGCUACGAAGUGAAGGUUGGGGACACUACAAUUAAGCGGAACCGAGUACAGGUCCGGAAAGCAGGUUGUACGCGUGUUACCCAGAUGGAAAACGGACAACAGCAGCCAAGACAGAUACGCGUCACCCCUGCAGAAGGAAGGAAACUCACACGCAGCGGAAAGCAGUAUGGGACAUACUGCGGCGCAAUCCUAACAAAACAAAAGGAAAAGGAUGUAACGGGGUUUAGGAAACCGGUCCAGUAUGCUCGACCUUACCACCUAAGCGCAGGUUACCGGAGUCAGCAGAUCAGUUCGAUCGAGAGAACGCGUGAACCCACCGGGAGACACAGCGAUGGCUGGACAGCGAAUCACGAGUGGCACACGUAUCCAGAAACCGACAAACCGGAUUGGACAAUAGAACAUAGAGGGCGCACUGGCAACUCGAGAAUCGCUAUUAACGGCAAGUUUCAGAGUGCAAAGCCAAAUAUGAGCGGUCCAAAGAAAUACGGCCAAUCAGAUGCCAAGCACGAAAGAUGUGAUCAUUGCGCGAGACAGGAAGACAGCGACCGAAGAGGAAUAGCAUAACCCAAUGAAAUAAAAGGGGAACGCGACCAAUGAGGUGAACCGAAAAACAGAAGACCCACUGAGAAGGCUCGAAGAUUAACAGUGUUUAUUUCUUUUAAAUAGGCUACCCUAUACUGAAUAAACGCCUGUUUUCCGCCCGCCGCC